AUGCCCAAACGGAAAGCCCCUCCCAAACUCUCUGGUCUAUUAGGCUCAGAUGAUGAGGACAUCAUGCAAGUUAAAGCGACAGAAACACAAGAAACUCAUGAACCUCCCGCCAAAAAACGAAGAGGCAGACCGCGUACCUCAACCGAGAAUGUGACCGAGACCAAACCUACCAAGCCUGCCAAAUCUGCUACUCGAACAAGAAAGCAGCAACCAGCUGAAGCUGAACCAGAGCCCCCUGCAGACAAAAAGCCUACCCGUCGAGGACAACCCAGAGGAAGCAGCCGCGCAGCGCAGGACGCCGAAGCGUCUGUGCAGGCAACUGAGGUGGAGGCUAUGGAACCGGAACAAGACGAUGCAGAGAACCUGGAAAAUGAAGACCCGCUUGUCUCGACAAAUGCAAAGAAGCAACCGCCCAAGGUUGUGAAGGUUGCCCGAGCACGCGGUCGGGGACGGCCUCGUGCGGUCAGCACACAGCUCGAAACAGAUGGUGAAUUUCAGUUUACCCCGAGCGGUUCUCGACACAUUAGCUUUCAGGAAACUCACACAAAGCAAGCCGAACCGAGCCCUCUUACUCGUGCAGCGAGCCGGGGAAGCAAUGAACCUGAAGUCGAAGAUUCUCAGCAGAACGAGCAACCCACAGCGGAGCUGGUAGAUGAAGCUAUCAUUCACGAGGAACCGGCCUAUUAUCAUAAAUCGAUGUCCCCGGUGAAGAAUGCUCGCUCUCGAUUAUCCAUGUUACGCAACUCACAGGAUUCUUCUCCUCGUAAACGCAAGUUUGGAGGAACCGACUUCGACCAGGGCGGGGACCCAGAGCUUAGACGCAGGCUAGGCGAACUGACUAAGAAGCAUGAUGCUUUGGAGAGUAAAUACCGCAAUCUACGGGAGAUCGGGAUUGUCGAAGCCAACACCAACAUGGAGAAACUGCGAAAACAGAGUGAGACUGUUACUAAAGCAUCGAAUGAAUUGGUUGCCUCGCUCAAGGCCGAAAUUGAUGCUCAGCGAAAGCUAGGGCUGCAAAGCCGUGGACUCCAAAAGCAACUGAAAGACCGUGAUGAUGAAUUGGCUCGACUCAAAUUUGGUACCGACGAGGCCCACGCACAGCUUGUAUCUGCCCAGUCUGAAGUCAAAGCCUUACAAACUAAGCUUGCUGCGGCACGGAACACAGCUGCCAGUCUCGAGGGGGCUUCGAAGGUCCCCGGCAGUGCCAUCAAGGGCGGCGCCGCCAACCGUGCAAAUGCAGCUGCCACCGCCGAAGCGGCGCAGGCUUCACAGCUCGCCCAGUUAAAAGAAGACCUAUAUAGCGAUUUAACAGGACUGAUCAUUCGUGAUGUCAAGAACAGAGAGUCAGACUACCUAUACGAUUGUAUUCAGACUGGGAUCAACGGAACUCUUCACUUCCAUCUUGUCGUGCCAAAGGUCUCGGCUGAUUAUGACAAAACUGAGUUCCAAUACCUGCCUCACUUGGACCCUAACCGCGAUCGCGACCUGGUCAACUUGUUACCAGACUUCUUGGCCGUAGACAUCACAUUCGUCCGCGGACAAGCAGCCAAGUUUUAUACACGCGUCAUCGAUGCCCUCACAAAGAGGCGGUCUCUUCCAGCACAAUAG